AUGUCUUACGAAGAAGACGAGUUCCCUAUGGUUGAACCCGUUAAAGGAGUUAAAUACAGUAGUACCCGUUACAACUCCGAGAAAGGAUUUAUUUACCACCUACAGAAGAAAACAUCCAAGCACAACAUAUAUCACUGCAAGUACCAUAAGAAACUUCAGGGUGGGUGCAAGGCGAGAGUUAAGUCGGGACUUGAAGAUGCUAUUUUCAGCAAACACGGUGAUGCUAAGCAUAAUCAUCCACCCGAGCUGGAAGAACAGCAGUUGCUUCGUGUAGUCAACGCAUGUGCUGAUGCUGCUGCUGUGGAUCGCCGUAAACCACGGAUUGUGUUUGACGCCGUUCGGAGAGAAAAUGCUGGAGUUAACAUUGGGUAUGGUGAUGCAAUGCAGCGUCGGAUGCAGCGAUCAAAAAGGAGAAGGCAACCACAAAUACCCAAGACUGUAGAAGAAAUAGCUGGAUUGAUUGAAGAGUAUCAGGACUAUAGGGAUGCCUUUGGUGGUGGAAGAUUUUUUAGAGGCCUGGUGAAGACGGUUGAGGGAGAGGCAUUGGUCUUUUUAUCACCGACGCUACUGCCGGAACUUAGUGAAGCGACCGAACUUCAAGCUGACGCAACUUUCCGAACAGUCCCCGGAUUAUUCAAACAGUUCUUCACUAUCCACAUCACAAGGGGUCAUUUGGCAUUCCCAUUUGCGUACAUUCUAAUGACUAGAAAAUCACGCAUCCUUUUUGAUGCUGUGCUAGAGAAAGUCAUCGAUAUUUUUGAUGAGCUUCAUCCUGACAAUUCAAGGUUCGAUGGCGGCCGCAUUUCAUGGAAGUCAACAUGUUGGUUGCUUCUUUCACUACUCUCAGGCUAUCUGGAGAAGGAUGCAAAAGUAUGGCCUUCAGUGUGCCUACAAGAACCGCGCUGUUAUUGGGAAAUACGUACAGGAGCUUAUCGCUCUAGCGCUUUUGCCAAUAUAAAAGCCUACUAUCAUGAUGUUCUCCGCCGUGAAAGUGCAGCUAUUCAGGCAGGAAUAAAACAACUCAACAACUAUUUCCUUAGCUACUGGAUUGGUGAAAUUUCUCCGCAAGUUUUCAGUGUUUUUGGCCUGGAAGCAGAGGAUUCUAAAGCUCGUGAUUACCUAGCCGAGUCAGAAAAUCUACGAACAACCAGAAGACAACCCCUUUCGCAGCGAAAACGGAAUGAGGUCAUAUCAAAAAACGAAAAGGAUUUUAUUGAGGGUUCCAUCUCUAUGCGGGAUUUUCUAAAAAAAUCCAGGCAUUUAACUGAGCCAGACCUGAUUACACAAAACCAAGCCGACUCGACUGAAAGGGCAACAAUUCAACCCAGAAGGCGAUUCUUGGCUGGAACUGUUAGAGCGCCUGCAGUUAACCACGCUUCUCCUACAGUCGAGCCAGCCGACAAUGAUCAUGAUCCUUCAGCCGAAAUAACGCCUGUAACCAGUCGCCCACGCCGUAUCGUUCACGAACCCCGUCACCUGUCAGCAGACAGUGAUUCCCCAAUUACGCCUCCCAGUCGACGAUGUACCCGCAGAAGACAAUAA